AUGCUCUAUCCGGGCGAGGACGCCUGCGACUGCUUCGACUGCUUCGAGGGUCCGAGCUGCUCCACCCGGCUCGAAGGGGAGGCGUGCGUCGUCGUGGCCAACUCCGGCACCCCCUACCUCUUCGAGGACUAUUGGCUCGCGCGGCCGCGCAGCGCUCCCCUCUCGGUGCUCCCCUCGUACCACAUCGGCUACGACGCCCACGUGCCGCGGCUCGAGGCGGCGAUCCGCAGCCUGCACGGGCUGGUCGGCAACGCCGUCACCGACGGGCGUGAGGUGGUGGUUGGGAUCGGCUCGACCGAGCUCAUCGCGGCCGCCCUCUACGCGCUCUCCCCCACCCAAGAUGAGGCCACUGCGAGCGUCUGGUCGCGCGCCCCCUACUACUCGGGCUACAAGCAGUCGGCGACCUUCUUCCGCUCGGCUGGGUUCGAGUGGGCGGCAGACAACGCCUCCUCGCCGCCGCCCGCCACGGCGGAGCGGCCGCUGAUCGAGCUCGUCACGUCGCCAAACAACCCGGACGGCCACGCGCGCGCCGCGAGCGUGGCCGGGCCUCACAGCAGCGCCGUGAUGGACCACGCGUACCUCUGGCCGCACUUCACCGCCGUCGGCCCUCCCGUCGCCCUCUUCACGCUCUCGAAGAUGACUGGCCACGCCUCGACCCGCGUCGGCUGGGCCCUCUGCUCCGACCCGCACGUCGCGGCCCGGAUGAGGGACUUUAGUGCUUGUACGCAGGCCACCUUCGGCUCCCCGCGCGAGAACCAGCUGCGCGCCCUCGCCGUCCUCGAGCACGUCGUCGGCUCCGGCGGCGAGAUCUUCACCUUCGCGCGCGGCCGGAUGCUCCGCCGGUGGGAGCGGCUCGAGGCGCUCUUUGCCAGCCUGCCAGAGGCGCUCUUCUCCACCCCCAACCCUGGGCCCCACCCGAACCCUAGGCUCUCUUUGCCAGCCAGCCAGAGGCCGGCCAGCAAGAGGCCGGCCAAGAGGCGGCGCUCUUCUCGCUCGAGCCGCGCGAUGCGCCAGCGACCGACGCCUUCUCCGGAGAGGUCGAGUACGCGCCCUCGCCGGCGUACGCGUGGAUCAAGCUCAACUCAGCAGAGGCGUUUGGCGGCGACGCGCUCGCGGCGAUGGCUGCUUACGGCAUCGUCGGCCGGUCGGGCCGCGAGUUCGGCGCUGAGCCCUGCCACGUGCGGCUCGAGCUGCUCAUGCGGGAGCAGACUUUCGAGCUCCUCAUCGCCAAGCUCGAGGAGCUGCUUCGUGCGGGCCGCCAGUAGCCCACCGAGGAGAUGUACCCUCUGUACUAUUUGA